UCAUAAGAAGUCUUGUCGGUAUAAGAAUAUAUCGUCUCACGGCGUCUCAGAGUUAUCUCCGAUGACAGCAAUACAAACGUAUUGAUUAAAAUUAACAAUUAAUUUUGAUAAAACCUAAUUUGUUACCCCUAUCUACACUAAUGGAUUUCGACGAAUAUAGAAUGAGAGGAAAAAUAAUGAUAGACUAUAUAGCAGACUAUUUAGAAACUAUACGGGAAAGGCGUGUCUACCCGAACGUGCAUCCAGGAUACCUGAGAAACUUAACACCAGAUUGUGCUCCCGUCGAACCAGAAUCGUGGGACCACAUAAUGGACGACGUCGAGAACAUCAUUAUGCCUGGGAUUACGCACUGGCAAUCACCUCAGAUGCACGCUUAUUUUCCCGCGCUGAAUUCGUUUCCGUCGCUGCUAGGUGAUAUGCUGGCAGACGCAAUCAACUGUCUGGGAUUCACAUGGGCCAGUAGCCCCGCUUGCACGGAAUUGGAAAUCUUAGUGAUGAACUGGCUAGGAAAGAUGAUCGGACUGCCCGAAGCGUUUUUACACACGCACAACGAGAGCAAAGGAGGAGGCGUCAUACAGACUACAUCAAGUGAAGCUACAUUUGUUUGCUUGUUAGCUGCCAGGACUCAGGCGAUCCGUCGUAUACAGGAGAUAAAUCCAGAACUAGAAGAUGUAGAAAUAAACAGUAGACUAGUGGCUUACUGUUCAGAUCAGGCUCAUUCAUCAGUCGAAAAAGCGGGUCUCAUCGGGCUCGUUAAAAUGCGAUUUAUCGAAAGUGACGAUUCCUUAUCACUAAGGGGAGCUCAAGUUAUGGAAGCUAUCGCCACUGAUAAAAAACAAAACUUGAUACCGUUUUUUCUUUGUGCGACGUUGGGUACAACUGGGGCUUGUGCGUUUGACAAACUUGAAGAACUCGGACCGAUAUGCCACGCGGAAGAUAUGUGGUUUCAUGUCGACGCGGCUUAUGCGGGUACAGCGUUCAUAUGUCCGGAAUUUCGUCAUUGGCUAUCGGGUGUCGCAUACGCGGACUCAAUUGCGUUCAAUCCAAGCAAAUGGAUGAUGGUUCAUUUUGAUUGCACAGCUAUGUGGGUCAAGAACAGUGAAUGCCUUCAUCGUACUUUCAACGUCGAUCCAUUAUAUUUACAACAUGAAAAUUCGGGACUCGCUAUCGACUAUAUGCACUGGCAAAUACCAUUGAGUAAAAGAUUUAGAGCGUUGAAACUGUGGUUUGUGAUUCGCUGUUUUGGAAUAAAAGGUCUUCAAAAACACAUCAGAGGAGGUGUUCAGUUGGCAAGCAAAUUUGAACUUCUUGUGUUGAAUGAUAAAAGAUUCGAAAUACCUGCAGCUAGACACUUAGGCUUGGUCGUUUUUCGUCUGCGUGGAGAAAAUCAUUUAACUGAAAGACUGUUAAAGCGCUUAAAUUCUAAAGGAAGAAUUCACUGUGUUCCUGCAUCACUUAAAGGCAAAUAUGUUAUACGUUUCACUGUAACGUCACAAUAUACUACAAUUUCGGACAUCACAAGAGAUUGGGCUGAAAUUAAAGCGACGGCUACUGAAAUCAUCAACGACGAUAAAGCUGACACUACUUACAAUAAAUCAAAAGUUUCGUUGGCUGAUACACGUAAUUGGAAUAAUAACUUCGGUGCUAGUCUACUACUAGCGAAUUCACCUAUGUCACCGAAAGUAGUAAACGGGAGCUUUGCCGCAUUAUUUGAUAACGGAGACGAUUGGUCACGGAAACUAUUGAGAAGUGAAAUGAAAGACAGCUCUUCAAUGAGAAGAAGAAUUCGCGGGAUUCUGAUGUCGGGAAAACAGUUUUCUUUGGAUUCACGUAUGGAUCUAGUCCAGGGAAUGGUUCCAACUGCAUCGAAGAAGGCAAUCAUGUCAGAGUGCACUACGAAUCCUUCGGAAGAAACUUCAGAAAAUAAGAACACUGAGAGUGAUGAAAAAGAGAAGAACGGAGAACCAAAAAAUUCAAAAUCUCGUAUUUUUCGUCUUCCACAACAUGAAACCAAUCUAACUCCUUUGAUUGAAGGCAAUAACGCAGAUCUUAUAGAUUAGUAAAAUCACAUUAUUAUGGUAAAUUUUUAAUUAUUUAUUUCUAGCUGUUCGUACUUUUUUUGGAUAAAUAUCUUUCAAAAACACAUAUUUUUAAGAAUAAUAAUAUUUAAGCAUAUUUUAGAAUAAUAGCAUUGUUUAUUGUACAAUAUUAUACAACAUCUUAUUCCAUAUGUUACAAAUUACAUAUAAUAUUACACAUUUUUAAACUACCUAUUAUUAAUUUAGUGGCUAUCGAAUUAGAAUAGGAACUUUAAAAUUGCUAUUUAACUGCUUUCAUUUCAAUUUUGCUACCUAGGUAUAUUUUUUGCUUAGGAUUAUCAGGUAUUAUGUAAUUUAAAAUCGAAAUGAUUUCAAAUAAAAAAAAAUAGAAAUUAAUUUUUUUAUUUUGCAAUGAAAAUACAACUAUAAUAUGUAUGGUAUGUAUACCUACAAUAUAUUACCUAAAAUUAUGAAUAAUAUUAUUUUUUUUAUUUUAACUAUAAAUAUUAACUAUAACUAUAUAUCCGUAACUAUUGUAGGAAUAUACCUAUGAUAAACGAACUAAAUACGUUAAUUUGUAUUAGGUAUACAAAAGAUUAGACAGUAGACACACGUGCACUUAUAUAAUAUAUAGGUAAUGUAUCUACAAAAAAUGCAUUAGUUAUCACUUAUUUUAUAGAAUAUAAUAUACAAUUUUCAAUAUUAUUAUUAUUUCAAAAGUAAACAUAUAUUACAUUACCUAGUACUUACAUAUUUACCACGAUUUAAGAUAGUAUGGUUGCACCACAGAUUUCUAUAUAGUACUAGAUACUACUUCUAUAGUUCUAUAUAUUGUAAGCUCCCGUCAAUUGGGGGAGAUAGCGUUAUGGGUCUAUGCGGUCGGGUAGCUCAGUGGUAGAGCAAUCACCCGGCGAGCGAGAGACUCGGGUUCGAUCGAUUUCCGGUCCGGUGGCUGGAUUUUUGACGUUAUUUUUACUUAUUUCCCCUGGAGAAGUUAACAAUAGUACCUAUUAGAUAGCGAACACCCGCCAUCAGUUGAAGCAUGAAGGUUGGUUGGAAUUGUGUGGUAUUUUAUAUGGUAAAUAAGAUUAGUUAUGAUUUAUUUUGUAUUGUGUUCUAUUAUUUCAAUACCUGUUGUCUUAAAAAAAUAAAAAUAUUUUACAUAAAUCAUUUUACAUUUAUUAUUUUAUCAUGAAAACCGAUGUUAUUCUUAAUACAUUUUGUGUAGUAAAUUAAAUUUCGACAAAAUGACAGCUGUCCACCUCAUUAGCUUCGUGGAUAACAAUGUAAAUUAUAUAGGAGUUCCUAAUUUAGUGCAGUUUAAAAGUCAGACCUAUAAACUAAUGGAGAGCGCAUAGAGAGAGAAAUCUCCAGACGGGAUUGUUUAAAGAGAAAAGAGGUUUUGGGCCGCUAGAGUGUGCUAAAACAUAUAGCCCAAAACAUGGUUUUUCUUUCUCAUAUGUUCAUAUGAUAUGUUUCCUCUCUAAGUUAUAUCGUCUAGAUUAACGAAUGACAGGACAGUGUGGGGAACGCUGUCCAUUUGAUUAUAGGUCUACGAUAGAAAUCUGUGGGUUGCACAUCCAUUAGUGAUUAUCAUAAUCUGACCUACAGAUUAAAUCAAAAACAAUGUUCGAUUUGCAAUCAGUGUUCCAAGCAGAUAAAAUAUUUAACUAUCAUCAUGGAUCGUAGAUGCCGGGUGAUGGGCUUGGUGGCUACGUUUUUAUAUUAUAGUCUAUCUCUAUAGUACCUUAUCUAAAAAUCUUGGGAUGAUGAGUCAAGAAUCACAAUUGAAGAUAAUAUUUUUUUAUUUCAAUAUUUCAUGAAAAUAAGAAUAUUAAAAUUUAUAUUUUACAAAGUGUUUUUAUUGUUGAGCAGUUUAAUUUUGAUUUUGCA